AAAAGGAAAGCUAGGUGACGUCAGCACGCAGCACGCGGCGAGGGGAAUCCAAAUCAUAACAGCCGUCAUGGCGCAGCAGAGAGGCCGGUGGAGCUCAGAGAUGGAGGAGCGGCUGGUCGGUAUGUGGCAGCAGCGCGAGUGUUUGUACAACGUUUCCUGUAAAGCCUACCAUAACCGGAACGACCGGGAGAGGAGCUGGGCAGAGUUAGCUACGGCUCUUGAUAUGCCUGUGGAAGAAGUGAAGACGCGGGUCACAGCCCUGAGAAGCCAGUACGGGAAGCUCCUGAAGGCUGGGGGAAAGCCUCUGACCACCAAGCAAAAAUGGAUCUUUAGGUCACUGACGUUUCUGCGGAACCACGUCGUCACGCAACGUGCAACUGAAAGCACCCUGCCGCAGUCCGCUAAAGACGCCCUGGCCGCAGAGAGGGAGUCCAUCGGGGAUCCAGAUGAUGACGUCUCACAGAUGUCUGAAGAAACAUCUGUGGAGGAGCAGUCCAGUCUGCAUAAUGACGACGACUUUUCCCCUCCUGCCUCUCCAUCACGGCCAGCAAAGAGGCAAAAGAAAAGCCAAUCUGCUGAUGACAUUGAAAUGGAGAAACUGAAAAUUUUACAGCAGAUGGCGGCUGCUUUCGGGGCUGGUAAAAGCAGAUCAGGUGCUUUUAGUGACAGCAACUUUGGAGCACAGGUAGCCGAGGAGCUGAGGUUAAUCAAAAACCAUUUAAUAAAGACGAGAGUAAAGAGAAAAAUAAUGAAUGAUUUAUAUGAAGCACAGGAGAAGGAUGCCAUGGAUGCACAGCCAUCUAUGUCAUACCCGCCACCCCCUACAUACCCCGUUCCACCCUCUGUACAUAUGCCCAAAACACAUCCACCCCCUCUACACACAUACACAAUCCCACAAGCACCGCCUCUAACAGGACACAAUCAGUACCAGCUGCAAAAUAAUGACCAGAUACACAGUUUCAAGUUUAAGAUGGAAGACGACGGCUGAACACAGCAGAGUUCAUGGGCGGAUUGUUAUUCGUGGUUCUGAUUUUUCACCAUAACUACCUCUUUUCAUUACGGCCUUUCUGUUUAUUUAAACAAGCAAUAUGUAAGAAUCCCACAAAUAAAUAAUCAUAUCGGACGGAAGGUUACGCUACAACUGAUUUCAUUCUCAGCCAGCUGGGCGGUUGUCAGUUUUUCUCCUAAAAAAGCCUAAAGAGGGAUGUAGUUGCUGUUUACAAUAUGUGAGGUUACCAAAUCUGCGCCAGUCUAAUGCAGCAGCACCGGCAUUUGUAAUUCAACACCAGUCGGCUAAAAAAAACUCCAGAGUUGUUGAAGGCAGUAAACGGGAGCGACCCAGAAGUUAUUUCUUGUACCUCUAAGAUGCCACAGCUUCUGGCGAAGCAGGCUAGAGGCUAACAUUCAGCUAGCAAAGUAGAAGCUGUCGGCCCCCUACCAACAACUCGAUAUUACAGCGAAAUGUAUGUGAAGUGAAUAAUGAGUCAUUUUACUUUAUUGAUUCAUUCAGAACAGUAACAGCAAUAUGGUAAACAACCAAGCUUACUCUCAGUGCUGGAGGCAUAUUACCGUAUUAAGUGUAGGAAGUGCUCCCUACCGUAAAGCACCAAAGAUUUCUAGCAUCAGAGGUGACAGUGUAUUUAUCUACUUAUUAGCUUACUGUGUAUGACUGGUCUUUGCUUGUCAUCUAGAGCCUUCUGGUGCUGAUGUGUAACUGGCAACUGCCAGAGAAAGCCUCCUUUAGAAAACGGUACCGCCAUUUUGGCGUAGGGAAGCUAAGGUCAUUCAUAAAUGGUCAGACCAUGGCGAUAAUACUCAGAGAACGGCAGUGACAUCAUCAGUCUUCCUUUGAAAAAUGGGGUGGGCUAAUCCAAUCUGACCACAGAAUGCCAUUCUUACUUCAUUAUUACAUACUGCUCCUUAUAAACGUCGUAUGAUUUAGUACAUCUUUAUGCUUCUUUUGUUAGUUGAAGUCGUUUUUCCGAUGGGUUAGUCAUUCCUUGAUGAAGAAUUGAAUGGAACAUAUUCUCAGCUAAAUAAAGAUGGUGUGUAAUUUGUUUUUCCAA